AUCAUGAGUUAGCACUUGUUAAUGCACUUAAACAAGUGUUUCCUGAAUCAAAGAACUUUCUUUGUCAAUGGCAUAUUGAUAAAAAUAUCAUGAGUAAAUGUAAAAAAAAUUUUUAUGCUGAGGAUGAAUGGAAAGAAUUUCUCCAAGGCUAG